AUGUCUAAAGGAAAAGUAUUGCUCGUUCUUUACAGGGGUAAUGAACAUGCUAAGGAAGAACAAAAGUUAUUAGGCUGUUUAGAAAAUGAGUUAGGAAUUAGAGAAUUCAUCGAAUCGCAUGGAUACGAACUUGUUUCCACCGAUGACAAAGACCCAGAACCUUCGUCCCAGGUAGAUAAGGAAUUGGAAGAUACAGAGAUUAUUAUUACGACUCCAUUUUUCCCAGCCUAUGUUACCAAAGAAAGAAUUGCCAAGGCACCGAAGUUGAAAAUGUGUAUCACUGCCGGUGUGGGUUCGGAUCACAUCGAUUUAAAUGCAGCCAACGAAAGAAAGAUUGCUGUGACAGAAGUCACAGGCUCUAAUGUGGUAUCAGUAGCAGAGCACGUUAUUAUGACUAUGCUUGUGUUGGUAAGAAACUUUGUCCCUGCGCAUGAACAAGUCAAGAAAGGUUUAUGGGAUAUUGCAGGAGCUGCGAAAGAUGAAUAUGAUUUGGAAGAUAAGGUGAUUGCAACCGUUGGUGCAGGAAGAAUUGGUUAUAGGGUAUUAGAAAGACUCAUCGCUUUCAACCCAAAGAAGUUGUUAUACUACGACUACCAAGACUUACCAAAGGAUGCAAUUGAUAAGUUGAACCAAGCUUCUAAACUAUUUAAUGGUAAGGACAACAUUGUUGAAAGAGUUGAAAACUUAGAAGACAUGGUUGGACAAGCAGAUGUGGUGACCAUCAAUUGUCCUUUGCAUGAAAAGAGUAAGGGAUUAUUCAACAAGGAGUUGAUCUCUAAGAUGAAGGAUGGUGCCUGGUUAGUUAACACUGCUCGUGGUGCCAUUUGUGUUGCAGAAGAUGUUGCUGCAGCAGUCAAGAGCGGAAAAUUACGUGGUUAUGGUGGUGAUGUUUGGUACCCUCAACCAGCCCCAAAAGACCAUCCUUGGAGAGAAAUGCAAAACAAGCAUAAUGCUGGUAAUGCAAUGACUCCUCACGUCAGUGGUACUUCUUUGGAUGCCCAAGCAAGAUACGCCAAUGGGGUCAAAAGUAUCUUAAAUAGUUACUUCACAGGAAAGCACGAUUACAGGCCUCAAGAUGUUAUUGUUAUUGACGGUGAUUAUGCAACGAAGGCAUAUGGUCAAAGAAAAUAG